CUACGGAUUUUCCGCUGCAAACUUGACUGCUGUCAGUUAAAUUGCUGAUGGGAAAUCGUAAUCACUCAUCGACAGAUUGGUUCUGCAGUAUAUAUAAUCCUUACCCCAUGGGGUCACAGUAGAUAACAGGUUCACUUGAUUUGGUGGUCGUGCAAAUCGUCGUGUAAAACAUCUUAUUAUAUUCCUCGUUUAUGUAGUUUUAAUUUUUGCUAAAUUAUGGAAAAGUCGAAGAGUACAAUUAUUUUGAUCUUUCUGCUGCAAAUAGUUGUUUUGCUGUCCCUUUUCACAUGCGUGUAUUCAAGAGCACUCGGGUCACAUCGAAAUGGUUGGAAACCAGGCCAUAAAAAACAUAAAUAUAUUACGGAUUUACCUUGGGAUCCAGUUUUGAAGAAACGGGAGCAACUGCAUCUACUAGUAAAUAAAUCCGAUGAAUGCUGUCCGUCGGUCACAGAAAUAAUACAACCUUUAGGAGGAGUUUCCAAAGCAGGAAGAAUUCUUGAAUUGUAUCGCGAUCAAAACUCUACUCAGAGUUUCUACCAAACUUCUUGUAAAGAAGGAGUUAAGGGUCACCACUGCAGGUACAUAGAUGAUGACAGGCGUCAUCAUUCCGUUUGUGUCCAGAGGUAUACGUACACCUACGCCCUGGUGAGAGAGUUCAACUCGCAAGCACCUUGGAGAUUGGACUACAUCAGGAUACGAAGCGGCUGCUCCUGCGAGAUUCGCGUUCACGAAGAACAUUUCCACGGAAAGAAAAGAAAGCUUCUAGAAGAAGUCAUGUGAAGAGGAUUUUUGAAAUAAUUUUCAAUACCCCUAGAUAAAUCUCCACCGGCAAGUGUUACAGGUGAUUGUCUAGUCAGCUACUGUGAUCCCCUUCGGCUGCUUGCAGUUCCAAACAGUGGGUCAUACGUACACUGAAAUUCUUCCAUUGAAUCCAAAACAUAACUGAAUGCGUAAAUAAGGAGAUAUAAAUAUGGAUAUUCCUAACAGAAAUUCUCGAAUAUUGAGGCGAAAGAUUUCCAUAUUUUAUUUUAAACCUUACAUGAUAUUUCUCAUCGAUGAUAAAAAUGACUAAAACUUGCCAGGCUGUCUUAUGCUGUUUCAUUAUCUUUAUUUUUAUUUAAAGUAGCAGAAACUUCUAUUAUGUAAGCGUGAUCCGCGUUAUAAACUUGCUCUCUUGGAACUGCAGCUGCUUUUUAAGCCGGUUGUAUUAAGUCUAGGGGCCUUACAAUUACUGCUUGAAAGUCAUAUCGGUAAGCAGGAAGUUAAAUGGAAGUGAUUCACCAAGCUGUUUCAGAUAUUUCGGCAAAAAGACGUUACCUAGACGUUAAAAAGACGUUAUUUAAUUUGAUGUACAAUGAUGACUAUCUAAAUAGUCCUGGAAUAUGGGCAUUUAUAGAGUGUUGCCAUUGUUUAUUUCCUCAAUAAUUUUAACAUCCAUCACAAACUUGAUAAAAAUCACAAAAAGAAUUACAAAAGUUUACCCUCAGAGGAAUAAAUGCUAGGCAGGUAUGGAUAUAAAUUACACAGUUUGACUCAAUUAACUUUCUUUUAAUUUCACUUGUAUUCACCUCAUUCAUGUUUAUUGUAAAACUGCACUGAUAUUUUGAAAUUUCUCGAAGUUAUGCUUUAAUGUUUAACAACUGUGACUGAAAUGAAAUCUUACGUAAAAAGUAUUUAUUUCAUCACCUGCGAUAUCGCAAUUUUCCAUUUGUGUAAAUGUUGUAGAUUAUUGCAUGUUAUAUUUAUUUAUUUAUUCAUUCUUCAGUUUUUCAUUUUAAUGUUAUAAGCUAUGUAUACAAAUAAGAAUAAGCAUGCUAGAAAAAGAAAUAUGCUAAGUUCUGGAAAGAACUUUCUACGUUCAAAAUUAUUCGUUUCGUAUUUAAACUCGAAUAUCUAAUUUAAUUAUAUUUUGCUUUGAGAACAGCAACUUUAAAUAAUACAUUU